ACGCACUCUGCCCAUCCGCAACGUCGACUGCGCCAAUCUCCUCCGCGCCGUCGACGGCGACGUCCAUGUCCCAGCGCACACCGUCGCCCAGCGCGAGCCGAUAGCUUCUGCCUCACCGCCCACUCUCAUUCCGUCCCGACCCUCCCGCUCCUUUGCCAGCUCUCUGUUUCCCCAUCGCCCAAGGCCGCUUGAAUGUCUGCCUCUUCCUCAAACCGUUCUUGGUGGUCUCGCUCUGGCCAGUCGCCAUCGGCGCCCUCCUCGUCUCUCCCAGGAAAGAGCCCAACGACCGAUAAGCCGCAUUCCAUCUCCAAAAAGCGCAACAUAUUCGCCUCCGCUAUCGGCCUCAAACCAAAGAGACCCUCCAUUGCCAUACAGGACCCGCCCUCGCCAGUCCUGCCCCUACACACAGACAUCGGAGAUCCCCCACCCCUGCCGAAUUCUCCCCAGUCAGGUCCAGGCUACUCCAAUGGCCAGCACUGGGACGACAUGCUCGAACCUCUCACCCCUUUCGACUCGAAACCCUCCUAUGCCCGCUCCGUUAUGACUAUCUCAGACGACCCCUUCGCCGCUCGCGAAAUCGUCGUCCCUCCCUCUAUCCGUGACCCCACACGCCUUUCCGUCCUCUCAGAUACUGAUGUACCAGACCAUGACAUUCGCGGAAAGGGCGACGCUCUUUCCGCACACAGGAUAUCUUUUGCAUCGUCAUCUUCCCAGUCCCAACAGUCUGACUCUCAUGCCCGUCCUUCCUCCUCUUCACUCCUCCCCGUCCAACCAGGAUGGCGAGCGUCUCGUAUGACUGUACAAAGCGACAAAUCGCCGAGGCGCGAACCCGCUUUCCUGGCCGAGUCUCCGACCUCACCAACCGGAACCCUCCAUCACGGCUGGGGAGGCUCUAAAUCCAACCUUCCCAGUUCACUUUCCUCCACCACCCUCACGGAUAAAGGUCAAAUCUAUGUCUCACCCAUUCCUCCUGUGCCCCGACGACCCAGGGGUCUGACCGUGAAUGAUGCCGGCCCCUCGAGAAGAGGCAUGUCUUCAACUUCAGAGACCUCUCUGUCUCCUUCGAGUUACGUCCCUGGCCCGACCAUGGACUCGAACCCUCGUGUUGUGGUACGGCAAGCCUCUCUGACGAAGAUGCAAGCCCCUCCCCCUCCAACUGCCCCACUUCCUCCUCGGCCAUCUCCUAGUAGUAGUAGUAGUAGAUCACACCACCAUGGGCAUCAUGACCCGUAUUCCCCGUCCGGUUCAAUCUCUGCGCCCCAAUCUAUCAAGAGUUUCAGGCCGCCAUCCAGGCCGCCUAUCAAUCCUAGAUAUCCAUCCCACGGACGCGACUCGAGUGCCGGUAGUUCAGUAAUCGGUGGACGAGACUCAAUCACCUCCUCCGCCUCGUCCAUCUUCCGCUCCGAACUGAGCCCCCCAAAGUCGCUAAAGAAAGCCAUCUCCCAGCAAACGCUCUCGAAACGGCCCUCCGUGCUCAGCAUCGCGUCUUCCUCUUCGACGACGGUCGAAGACGUUAAAUUUAUCAAGAAGCAGCGGUCGUUCCACAGUGCGAGUCGCGCCCCCGUACCGGCCGUCCCGACGCAGUUGCGGCACAAUCAUUCGUACGGCGCUGUAUCUGUAUCGUCUCCGCCGUCGGACGAGCCGUUCCCGGGGGCUGGGGAUUAUCACCGAGACAGCAUGCAGUCGUCACAAUCGCAAUCGCAUGCGCCUCCGACGCCGGGCAGCGGUCGACGGCGGCUGUUCUCCGGGAGUAGUAUCCGACGUUCGACGUCCUCGCAUGCCCAUUCGACGACGGACGACGAUAUGCAGUCCGUUUUCAGCUUACCGAACGAGCCGGACUCGCUUCCGAAUCGGUACACUAAUCCGUUCGGGACCGCGGACUCGGGGUCUUCGAUGUGGGACGACGGUCCCGGUUCGAGUUCGGUUGGGAAUGGGCAUGGUGGUGGGGGCGGUGGUGGUGCGAACGAUUAUGUGCCGCAGCGGAUUAUGAGUCCAGCGGAUAUGUUGAGGUUGGAGGCGUUAGUGCAGGAGGGGAAGAGUGAUGUUGGGUUUGUGAGGUCGAGAGGGACGUCGUUCACGUCGAUUUCGACGUCGAUGUCUAAUGCGUUUUCGGAACAGUCGUCGCACGAGUCGGGCAUGCCAUCGACACCACCAACGUCGAGCCACCAUCCUCACUCGUCGGCUGGUCUUUCGCAGCAUAAUAGACUACAGCAGUCAGGGCUCAACAGUGACGGGUCUCCGCGCCACAGGGCGAUCUCGAAGGUAUUGGGCGUGAACGUUUCAUCGUCGCACGGCCGUCCACGGACCGCUCAAGACUAUUCCGUUUCCUCGCAAGAGUCAUUCCUCCCCGAGCCAUCGACAACUUCGUUCGGGCUCCCACCACCUCCACGGCCGCGACGACCAUUGACGGCUGACCGAACCGAACAGCGGACGAGCAUCAUGCCUAUGCUGCCGCUUUCACCUCCUCCUGCGCGCAAGGCGUCGAGGAGUCUAAGAGCGUUGGAUAAGGAGCAGAUCGUCGCGCGACGGUCGAUGAUGAAGAAGCCGUCGUUUUUGGAGAUUGCGGAUGAGGGGGAGAAGAUGGAGUUUCCGCCGGCGGACGAUAGUUUCUUGGAUAUGGGGAAGGCGUCGCUCGAUAUGUCGAGGAGCAGCGAGGAGGGAGAGGAGGUCGGAGUUGGGCCACAUCGGUUCUAGGGUAGGCCUUUGGGUUGGUCUUGAUAGACACUACACUCUAGGGUGGAUUCGGACAGGAGCGAGCGGAGUAGACUUUCUCUUCUUUUUUUUGGGGUGAGACGAGAUGUGGUGAGGUGAGGUGAGGUGAUUGGACUGGUUGCACGCUCUGGUACGCGUAUAUAUUCACGUUCAUUUUUUAUAUAACAUAACACACACACCCCGUUCAGUCCUCCUCUUCCUUCUCGUGUCCCGUUACCCGUUACCUUCCAUGCACUUCGUCCACACGUUCAUUCGUUGAUACGUUUUCGUCUGUGUUUUUUUUUGUAGUUUGUUUGCUGCUUUGGUUCGCGGCGCUCUUGCCUUGCCUCUUAUGUUAUUCAUUAUCUGUUGUCUCUUUUGGUCCCUCUCCCAUCCGCCGUACCCGGUGCCAUUUCCCCCCCUUUUGCUUCAAUGCUUCAAGUCUGCACGGAGAUUGUACUUAGUUACAAAGCUUUCGGUUCUAUAAUAGCUCUCUCCCUCUCUCUCUCUGCUAAACGCUAGCAAAUAUCCUGUAGUAAGUAAGUUAGCUCCGUACAUCCUACGCCUGAACAUACAUAUUACUACAUACACAUACCACCCAUCGUCGUCGACAAUACCACCGUUACAUACAUACACAUACCACUGCAGAUGAAGGCGCUGCUGUUAGUAUCUUGUUCGUAGUAGUAUUUGGCUAUGGCUAGUUGCAUUGGCGAAAUCUCUAUGGUUCUCUCCCUCCUCCCUCCCUCGUCCUCAUACCUGCACGCUUUACUACUCUCAUACCU